CAGCCCAACCCUGUGACCCCCCAGCCCAGCCCUGUGACCCCCCAGCCCAGCCCUGUGACCCCCCAGCCCAACCCUGUGACCCCCCAGCCCAACCCUGUGACCCCCCAGCCCAACCCUGUAUCAUCAGAAGGGGAUGAACCUGGACAUGGGAGGAAGGUGUCUUUCUUUGAUGAUGUCACUGUCUAUAUGUUUGAUCAGGAGAGUCCCACCAGGGAGCUACAAAGUCACUGGCCAGAGACCAACAGCAAAGAGACCAAGGGUCAAUCUCCAAUACCAAUUUACAGACACACACCUGAGACCAACGAUCAAUCCCCAAUCCCGCCCUGCAGCUAUGUCAACCAUCUACCUCACAUGGCAACCUCAGGGGUCUCCUUAGAGGACAAUGGUCCUGGUUUAGAAUGGGAGGAUGACUUCUCCUUCUUGGACAGCUCCCUCAAAACCAAGAUGGCCGAUCACCAUCUUAUAAUAUCAGAAUCCAGUAUAUCUUCCGCUCCCCCCCACCAGACCUCCACAUCCUCACACCAGAGGUGGAGUUGUCCAUCCACCCAUGCCUGCUCACAGUUGAGACCUUCUAGUCUGGUCCUCACCCACGUCACUGAUGCUGACCUGGAGCAGUGAGCCCAGUAUCCGCCACUGGGGAUGAGGAGACGGAGGUCUAACAGUGUGUUUGCUGAAGGAAGACAAUGUGAUCGAAGACAAAUCUCAAAAUAAACAGAAGAACAGAAGAGCUCAACAGUGGGACCUUGCUGUUUCACCACUAGUAAACACUACACAUACUCCCUUUACAUUCUAUGGGCCUGACUAGGGGUCCAACUGCAGGGCUGAUAAACCAUCCCCUUUCAGGCUACUGUACCACCAAGAGUCAGUUGUUUACCUUUCAGGGCUGUGCCUGUCUCCCAAUAAGGAUUAGCCUACAGCACAUUAACAAUAACAGAGGGGUCUGAUGAUCACAACAUAGCAAUGGUGACCUGAUAAUCCUACAUUGAAUAAAUGGGUUCCAACAAUGGAAAUGUCUUGAUUCACUCAUGAAGUAUUUGACAGCCUGCAUAUUUAAAAUGUAACAACAUUUUCAUCAGGUUUUUCAUCAGCUAACUACUGUACUGAUAAGAGCUUGAUGUUGAAAAUAAAAUAAAAUAUUUCUACAGUU